AAUUGGAGUCGCGACGAUGCUUGUGCGUCGGAACGCACCAGAAGUAACCACCAAUCCUUGAUGAAGAACGUAAAGCUAUUGUCCUUAUAAAUAGCGACUUGUGUUGCCUUGGAAACAACGUCUUGAAGAUUAUAUUUGUGAGAGGGUCUCUACGAUUUAAUCACAUGGCUUUUACAAAAAUAUUUGGAGGGUAGAGCUGGAAAGCGACAGGAACAUUCUGAGUCCUGGGGCACACACAGGAUCUAUAUUCUGGAGACCACGGGUAGAUGCUGUACCGCAACUUGGAUAUUAUGCCUGCUGUGUUGGCGAACAUGAGCUCGAGAAGCGCCUCGUGGUUCUAUAUAGUCAGUUACUUUGUUUUAAGUAUUUUUGGAUCCAUACAUGCAGCAAAUAAUUGCAAUGGACCAUUGCUAUCCGUUUUGCCCGAGUCCUCCUUCGAAAGCUCUUCAACAUCCUCCAGCAGUCAGCUGCCUCACUCUGCUAAGCUGAACAGAAGAGAGGGAGAGGGUGGCUGGGCCCCGGAGCGGUCAGACAGACAGCCGUGGCUCCAGCUGGACCUCAGGGAGAAGAUGGAGAUCACGGCCAUCGCUACACAGGGCCGCUCAGGGAGCUCUGACUGGGUGACCAGCUUUAUGCUGCUGUUCAGUGACUCUGGCCUGGCUUGGAAGCAGUACGGACAGAGCGAAGACACUGGGACGUACACAGGGAACACUAACUCAGAGGGUGUGGUCCAACACAAGCUGGUCCAUUCCAUCGCAGCGAGGUUCCUACGCUUCGUCCCACUGGACUGGAGCACUACAGGAUGGAUCGGCCUCAGAGUGGAGGUCUAUGGCUGUGUAUACAAGUCAGAUGUGGCAAACUUCAACGGCAGGAGUGCUCUGUUGUACCGGUUUAACCAGAAGUCCCAGAGAACGCUGAAGGAUGUGAUCUCCCUCAGGUUUAAGAGCUAUGGGGCAGACGGGGUGCUGGUGCACGGGGAGGGACACAGAGGAGACUACCUGACAUUGGAGCUGCACCACGGGACCCUGGCUCUGCACCUCAACCUGGACGACGCUAAGCUCUACCCCAGCAGUGCGAAUGUGUCAGUGUUCCUGGGCUGUCUCCUGGAUGACCAGCUCUGGCACUACGUCCUAGUUAAACGCUCCAACAAGCAGGUCAACCUCACCAUGGACGGGCACACACGUCACCUCAGCACCACAGGUGUGGAAGACUCACUGGAGGUGGACUAUGAGCUCAGCUUUGGAGGGAUUCCUAUACCCGGUAAACCAGGAAGCUUCCUUAGGAAGAACUUCCAUGGCUGCAUAGAGAACCUCUACUAUAAUGGAGUCAACAUUAUCAACCUGGCCAAGCGACGCAAGCUCCAGAUCCACAGUGUGGGCAACGUGACCUUCUCGUGCUCUGAGCCCCAGCCCCAGAUGGUGUCCACCACCUUCCUAUCCUCCAGCGGUAGCUACCUGUCUCUACCCCUGGGGCCUCUUGGGGUGUGGGGGCUGGACGUACACUUCCACUUCAGGACCUGGAACCAGGAAGGACUUCUGUUCUCCACCGGCCUGGCACAGGGAUCAAAGCACCUGGUUUUGCAAAUCAGCAGAGGCCAACUGCACCUAAUGGUCCAUGGAGCUGCUGAGCAGAAAACAAACAUUUCCAUAGAAGUUGGUGUAACUGAUGGCCUGUGGCAUUCUGUUAGUCUGAGCUACAGAGAUUUGAUGGUUUCCCUGGUCUUGGACAAUGAGCCAACAUCUACCAUGGACGUACAAAGUCAUGCAGACUUAGGUAAUAGUGUAUUUUUCGGAGGUUGUCCCCAAUACAGUGGUGACUGUAAGAACCCUACUGUGGCCUUCCAGGGGUGCAUGCGUCAGAUCCUCCUAAACAACCAACUUGUGGAUCUACCCCGUGUGCAGCAAGGGCUUUUGGGUAAUUACAGCAAGCUUCAGUUCGCCAUCUGUGGGAUCCGCAACAGAUGUCUGCCUAAUUUUUGUGAGCAUGACGGACGAUGCACCCAAUCAUGGGAUACUUUCUACUGUGACUGCUCAGGGACAGGCUACACUGGAGAAACCUGUCACAACUCUAUUUAUGAAGCGUCGUGUGAGGCACACCGACAAAUGGGGAGUACGUCUGGCUACUUCUACAUUGAUCCAGAUGGGAGUGGUCCUCUAAAGGCAACACUGGUCUACUGCAACAUGACUGAGGACAAGGUAUGGACAGUGGUGGACCACAACAACAGGGGGUUUGUGAAUGUGACUGGAGCCACAACAAAGAAGCCGUAUGUGAUGCGGUUCAACUACACAGCCUCCCUGGAGCAGCUCCGCACUCUGAUUGGACGGUCUGAGCACUGUCAACAGGAAGUGGUCUACAGCUGCAGGAAGUCACGUCUCUUCAAUACUUGGGACGGGAGGCCCCUGUCGUGGUGGCUGGACCGGAGUGGAGAGAAACAGACCUACUGGGGAGGCUCUGUACCUGGGGUCCAACAGUGCUCCUGCAGCCUGGAGGAGAACUGCAUCGACAUGAACUACUUCUGCAACUGUGAUGCAGACACACACUUAUGGGUAAACGACACAGGAUUGCUGUCCUACAAAGAUCACCUACCACUGACUGAGAUUGUAAUAGGAGACACCAACAGGACAGGCUCAGCAGCUGUAUACAGAGUCAGCUCCCUUCACUGCAACGGUGACAGGUUCCUGUGGAAUUCAGCCUCUUUCUAUCCUGGGUCGUCAUCCCUCCACUUCCCUAAGUUCCAGGCUGAGCUCAGUGCGGACAUCUCCCUGUAUUUCAAGACCACAGCUUCCUCUGGUGUUCUCCUGGAGAACCUGGGGACCGCUGACUUCAUCACCCUGAAGUUGACCACUCCCUCAGCUAUAACAUUCAUCUUUGACGUGGGGAAUGGCCCAGUGGACUUGGCGGUGACGUCCCCUGUCCCCUUGAAUGAUAAGCAGUGGCACUACGUUAGGGCUGAACGCAACCUGAAGGAGGCUUCCCUGCAAGUGGACCAGCUGCCCCUACACACUCUGGAGGCCCCCUCUGAAGGGCACUACCGCCUGCAGCUCAAAAGCCUACUGUUCAUAGGAGGAUCCACCUUCAAAGAGAGCAGUUUCCUGGGCUGCAUCCGUGCAUUGACCCUGAACGGCGUGACCCUUGACCUGGAGGAGCAGGCCAAGUUGACCCCAGGAGUGACCCCAGGCUGCCCUGGUCACUGCAGCGGCUCUGCUAGUGUCUGUCAUAACAGAGGGCGGUGUAUGGAGAAAAACAGUGGAUAUGUCUGUGACUGUACACACUCUGCCUACAAUGGACCACACUGCAAGAAAGAAGUGUCAAUGUCCUUCGAGAGUGGCUCCUCGGUGACCCUUACCUUCCAGAUGCCUUUCCCAGUCAUGCACAACAGAGACCGAGGUAGCCAGUCGUCUAGCCGUCAGCCAAUCCAUAACCAGUCGUCUAGCCGUCAGCCAAUCCAUAGCCAGUCCUCAGGCAUCUAUGCCAACGACGGCGAGUCCAGAGAAAACGUUGCCCUCAGCUUUCUGACGACUCGCACCCCUGCCAUGUUACUCUGUGUCAGCACCUACCAUCAACAGUACCUGGCUAUCAUCCUCGCUAACAACGGGAGUCUGCAGAUCUGGUUCCGCCUGAACAGAGAGGAGAGAGCCGAGAUCAUUACUCCCAAAGCCUCCAGCCUAGCCGAUGGGCAGCUCCACCGUGUCCAAGUACACCGGGAAGGCAAAGACCUUUAUAUCCAGAUUGACAAAGACAUCGACCAGAAAUACAACCUUUCUUCUGACCUGAAGAUGAACACACUACGAUCUCUGACUUUGGGUAAAGUCACAGCUACAUCAGCAGGACAUGCUGGUUUGGCUGAGGAGGUGCUUAGGGCAGGAUCCAAGGGUUUCAUUGGCUGCCUGUCGUCUGUCCAGUUCAAUCAUUUGACACCGCUGAAGACAGCCAUUCUGAAUCAUGGAAGCUCAUUAGUCCAUGUUCUUGGCAAUCUAGUUGAAUCGAACUGUGGAGCCUUAGCUGAUAGUACAACUUCACAAUCAACAUCUGAGGGUGUCGAUAGGGGCAUAGAUCGACUGAAGAAGACAAGAAGUGAUUCAGCAGUAAUUGGAGGUCUCAUCACAGCUGCGUUCCUCAUCACCCUCUGUGCCGUGGCCGUGACGUCGUGCAUCCUGUACCGCCGCUGCAGCCACACCCACCCCCAGGAGAAGUCCUCCAUCUCACAGAAAAAGGAUCCCAGACACAGCCCGGAACACAGCUACCCUGCAGGCCUGGAGAACAGCUACCCUGUAGACUUGGUCUUGGAUCUAAACCUGGACCUGCUCAGCUCUGUGAGUCACAGCAGAAAGGAGUACUACAUCUGAUGCCACCAUAGCCUUCUUUGCCCAAUCUCCUGCCUCCUGUUCCGCACACUGUUCUGCCUGGCCUCAAAUACAGAACAGGCCCCCCUGGGUAGGUUAGUCACCUGCCUGUCCCUGAGCUUUCUAGGAGCAGUGAUCAUUGGUUAUCCAUUCCCUGUGUGGCUCCAAGAACGACCCAACGGAGGAUGGUCAUUCCGCAGUUUUAUAUCUCAAAGGCUGUUUAUUGGGGCAUGGGAGCUGUACCACUUUUUAUGUGCAAUGACAAUUGGAGAACAUUUAUUAUAUAUCUACUUUAUAUUAUAUUGCCCUAACGUCGGGAGACAAAAAGCCUCAAAGAAUCAGAUCCACCCCAGUGACUUUAUAAGCUCACUUUAUAUAGCCUACCAUUCUGAAUGCACAAUUAAAGGGAUUUAUCCGUUUGGGGUUGGUUGGGCACCGGUACUCUAACUCACUUACUUGUAUUCACUUGUGGAUUGUGAAUGUGAUAACGACUGAUUAAUGAUGUUCGCCCAUCUGCCAAGGCAAGUUCUGGGCAAGCAAUGCACCUGCUCUUGCUCCCUGGCUAAACCACUGAUCAAAUCCCACUGGGAAGCAUUGUGACUGUGUGCCAAGGACCUUGUGGCUGGCCCCUUUAGUUCUCUGAACACGUCGGUUUUCUGUUCCCAGUACGUUGUUUUGUUGGGCCCUCACUGCCAAUAACCCUUUCAUUUUGAUUUUUUUUUUUUUUUUGCAUCGACCAUCACUGACGUCCUGCGACAUGUUAUGAUUUCAUGAAUCACCAAAGAGUGGUACAGUCAACGGAUACUAGAUGUCUGAAAGUCAAAAUGUAGUACAGUACAACGUUAUGUGAUUGUGCUAGUAACUUUUGAUGAAUUAUCUCAUAGACCUUAAGAAGAUAACCAGAGGGCGUUUAGGGUGUAAAGGUCACUUCAUUCUCAGGAGAGCGCUUGUCCUGGUUGUUGUCGUUGUGAGCUUUGUUGAACGGAGAAGUACAGUGUUGUACACAUUUGCUGCGGUCUCCUCCAGAAACCAUGUUCCUUGCUCUUACGUUGGUGAAACGUCAAGUCUUCAUAUUUUGCACAAUUAGCAAACCAACAGAACAAGCCAAUUGUACAACAAAUCUGCGUGGCACGCUUGCUAUACAAACGGAACAUGUAUUCGGGGGACGAUUUUCUGUCAUGAAAGACCCACGAUAAAGGAUUGUUAUUGGCUGUUUAUAUUAUUUCAAGUGCAUUAGGUCAUUUAUCUACAGGAUGUUAUUGUAAAAGAUGUACCUCACUGAUACAAUGAAUUUAAAUAUUCUAUUUAUUUUGAAUUUGUUUUCUAGAAUUAU